CUCUCCUGCAACCUCCUCACCUCAAGGGCCUGCGUUCAACAGAACCGACCCCCGUUCCCAGCCAGUUGAGUCUACCACCGAAGGAAAAUGAGCAUACUGAACAGCCGCUGCUUUUUGUACUUUCUGCCUACCACACGCCUUGUCAUCUUAUUAGCAGCUUUAACAACUGCUGAGGAUGUGACUAAUAGCACUUUCAACCACACUGGCAUGAAUAGGGGAUCUGUGCCUGUGGUGAUCUCCCACAUCGACCAUAUUAUAGUUAAGGAGGGGAGUAGUGCCUUGAUCGACUGCAACGUCCAAGGUAGUCCUAGUCCACAUUACAGAUGGUAUAAUUCCAACGGCCGCCUGCUCCAAGAGGAGGAGAAUAAAGGAAAAUGGUGGUUUCUUGACAAUGGACAACUAAACAUUACCAAUGUGUCUUUUGAGGACAGAGGUAAAUACACAUGUGUCGCAUCUAAUAGGUAUGGCAGUGUUAACAAUACCGUGACACUGAGGGUUGUUUUUACCUCUGGAGAUAUGGGAAUCUAUUACAUGAUUGUCUGCCUUGUAGCUUUUACCAUUGUUAUGAUACUGAACAUUACUCGGUUAUGUAUGAUGAGCAGUCACCUGAAGAAAACGGAGAAAGCAAUCAAUGAAUUCUUCAGAACAGAAGGGGCAGAGAAACUCCAGAAAGCCUUUGAGAUUGCAAAGCGCAUCCCAAUUAUCACUUCAGCCAAAACGCUCGAGCUUGCCAAAGUCACCCAGUUCAAGACCAUGGAAUUUGCUCGCUAUAUCGAAGAGCUUGCUCGGAGUGUACCUUUGCCACCUCUCAUCAUGAACUGUAGGACUAUAAUGGAAGAAAUUAUGGAGGUUGUCGGCCUGGAGGAGCAAGGACAGAAUUUUGUACGGCAGGCAGCGGAAGUCCAGGAGGCUGCUGAAACAGAUGAGCUGUACAUGAUCCCCAAUGCUUUGAAGCGCAGUGAUUCUCCCACAGCGGACUCUGAUGCAUCGUCCCUUCAUGAGCCACCUCAACAGAUUGCAAUAAAAGUGUCAGUUCACCCAUUGUCCAAAAAGGACUGCGUGGACGGUCAGUCACAAGAAAGCGUGCAGUUGGACACCAAGGAGGAAGACGCUUCUCAAACACCAGCACUUCCUGCAGAGCCGCCUCCUGAGCCUUCUGCUGAACUCAGUUCUGAUGACGCAGCAUUGGCAAAUGACAAAAAUACGUGCGUCAUAUAUGAAAGCCAUGUAUGAUAGUUACUCCUGAAUCUAUGCAUAGCAGGAAAAUCAGGUGGAGCUCUUUUAAAAAUACAUAUUGUACUUGCCGCUAAGCCUUACCUGGAGACUAUCAUAGCGAAAGCAUGUAUGUGGGUUAUUUGGCACUUUCUUAUCAGUUUGAUUUUAGUUUACCAUGAUGUAUGGCAGAGUAAUUGCUAUUACAUUGAUAUUAAUUGCUCUUUUUGAUUAGGAGUAUUUCUAAGAAACAUUUACCUCAGCAUUGUCUAGAUGGGGUCACCUGUAGUGGCCUCCUGGAAGUCGCUGGUAGUUUUUGGUGUAGGACACUUGAACUUAUUAAAUAUAAAACUGGUUUUCAUUUUCCUCCUUCACUCUCUUUAUUUCCAUCUAUUGCAUUUUUGCAAAUAUUAUCUUGUGAGUUUGAAAUAUUGCCCAAGAGGCAGCACUCCAGUAGCCAAAUAAAAACCUAA